AUGCGCCAGAAGCGUUCAAUUCCUGCUUUGCGACGUCUGCAGGCACUGCGAGUACAAGCUGAUGGAGGAAGGUGGUACAACGAAGAGGCUCUCGUCGACGUCGGCCCUUGCAAAGAUUGUGCGCUCUUCGGCCGAGAGGCUUGCCUUUUUGGCUGCGGCUGUUUUGAGGUACUGUUUGAUGCGCUGCUGGCUGGAGAGAAGCGCGCCUUCCUGCUGGCAAGAGCACAUUCGACUAUUGACGUACUCAUCAUGGCUAUCGUCACCACACAUGCAACCAGAAGCGGCGUUGAGGCACCAACAUACAGCUACUCGCCUCAGAUUCCGCCUUAUAACUGCGGCGUUGAGCUGCUGUCGGGGGACUGCAGCCAUGCUAUACAAUCGAUGUUCAUCGACCACAGGUCCGGUCUCAUAUCUACUGGUGGGUGCCAUGGAGGCCAGACGCCUUCUGUCUCAAGUGUUGUUCAGUCGGGAGAUCUGAGCCCGUCCCGGCUCACAGUCAACCCAUAUGUUCAGACCGACGGCUAUUUCACAUCGAUACAACCAAUGGAUGGCCAAAGAUCGGACUUGUUGGGCUGUGACUUCUGCUCUAGGGUCGUUACUACAACCGUGAUAACCAUCAUGACUGUGCCGUGGGAGUCGAGUGGAUUCCACACAACCAUUACUAGUGGCAUCACUAUCACGAAGUAUGUACUCGCCUAUUCAUCUACAACUUCAGGCGCAUUGCCGCCAAGUCUAACUGUUGGUCACGACCGGCCCUACACCAAUUCUUCUAUCCGUCCACCUUCCACUGCUCCGCCAUCUUUACACUCCUCGCUUUUACCGCUGUUCGAAGAUGGUACGGCUUCUGCGACAGCAGCAAGACCUCUCACCACCGACUUGUCUCGGUAUGGGAGCGCAGCUGUCGCGACGACAUACCCUCGACUUAUACUUGGAACUAUAGCGGGAGUCAUGGUCGUGUGGAUGAGCUGA